AUGUCAUCCACAGCAUCGACCUCCAACUCGCAGGCUACUACGAACUCGCCACCUACGGCGUCGCCGAGGUCUCGACGCUCAUCGCUUCUGUCAUUUCCUGGGAAGAUGAUCAACCGAAUGUCUGCAUCAUUCCCAAUGGAGCCUCGUUCUCCACGAAGAUCAACGUCAUCUAGCUCAAGGCCCCAAACGUCUUCUGGGCUGCGCCACGAGCAGGCUACAGAAAUAACCGACGUAGUGUGGAUUACGGAAGGUGGCCCUAUUGUUUCUUCAAAACUAUUGGAAACGAGCCCAAAAUUACACCCUCUUGAUCCUUUCGCCUCGUCACCAGAUACUAAGUCUGUGUUCAUCGACUUCUCUGAUACCGACACUCCGGUAUCAACUCCCAAUCGCGAAUCCUUCAUAUCAUUCUCCACCUCAUCGAAAAGCAGUUCACUGCUCCAUCUCCCACGCAGAGAACGGCCGACAUCUGUCCAAACCAUGCCUUUACCACCUCGAUCUCGACGUUCUUCCUUACAAUAUCCACCGCCGGCCCAGGAGAAAUACGACUGGGCAUGGAUGCUUGAUGAAACCACCCCAAUCUUCACACAGAAAGCUGGGGAGGAGUUAGAACAGGUCGAAGAAGCUGAUGAGAUCGACCCGGCGCAGCUGGACUGGCGACAAUUUCAUAUCGACUUGCUGCAAGGAGAUGUAGCCGCUUGA